CUGCUGCACCUGUUCAUUGUUGUGAAUCAUCAUUGACCACUUCAGUCCAUCACUCAGCCUCCUACCUCCGACAACACCACGACUUGCCUCAAGUAUUUCCAUGUGUACCUCCUCUCAGACUCCUUCCUUUCUGUCGCUAUCACCCUGAAGGCUUCCAACAAUCGAAGAUAUGAGACGACGCCCUUCGUUACCACCUCCUAGCUCAUACACAAGUGCCUCUCAAUAGUCGCCACCUAUCACACACCCAGAGAGCAGCGUCUCUCUCUGAAUCUCACAUGCCAGACGACCAAGAUCCCCUUUCAUGGGAUCUCGAUUCCGCAAUCAGUCUCCUCAAAGCUCUCCGAUGCCCCAAAUACGAUCCCUCCGCUGCUCCUGGUUCUCUGCCACCUCCUGCGCAGCACGAUGUAAGCGAUGAGCAAGCCGGUCAUUCACUCGGCGAUUUCUCCACCCUUUGGGAUUUUCUGCAGCGGCCUCAGGCAUCAGCCAAUCAACAAGUGUCCAACCGAGUAAACGAUGAAGUUGGCAACCCGGAGGACUCCGAAUUAUUCAAAUACAAAGUAAACGACGAAUCUGUCGCUGAAGUCGAGGUCAAUCCCGUGAACAAAGGCGUUCGAUGGAGAGAUGAGGCGGACGGCGAUGAACUCGAGGAUAAUCUCUCCACUUCUAAAGUCACUGCAGCCUAUAUCCGCAACAAAAAGCGUGCAGAGCGGAGAGCGAGAGCCAAAGAAAGGGCGGAGAAACUUGCUGCUCAAUUACAGCAGAAAUCCACAUCUGACACCACCGACCUUGAAUCUGGCGAAGAACUAGAAUCGCUACGCAGGUCCCCGGACCGUCGAGCUGUCAUCGACGACAUCCUCGGUCGACCAAGGCCAGCUGUUCGCGAUACCUAUUCUCCGCCGACUUCUCCCUCGCCACCUAAGUCGUUAACCCGAACGCCAAAGAAGACUUGGCCUACUUCCAAUCCCUUUCUCUGGACAGCUCCUGGUGUUCCCUCACCGUCGCACCGUACAGUCGUUACUCCACGCGAUGGACUCUCUCCAAGAGCCAGAAAACAAGCUCUUAUUACGGCACUGAUGCGACAUUAUCCCGAAGAAAAGAAAUAUCUGAAAAAUUCCGGAUUGCUCGAACCUGCAUUUACACCCCUGAACGUAUCCAAAAUCGGCAUACAUGUGUUUGUCGACAUUUCCAACAUCUCCAUCGGCUUUCACGACUGCUUGAAACUAGCCCGUGGCAUGCCCCGGGAGACACGACUCAAACGUGUCCCGCUUUGUUUCCACAAUUUUUCACUGGUUCUUGAGCGAGGCCGCCCAGCUGCGAAGCGUGUCCUCGUUGGAUCGGACAAAUACGCUGCCAUUGAACAGGCCAAAUCGCUCGGCUUUGAAACCAACAUUCUUGAACGUGUGCACAAGGCCAAAGAGCUGACGCCGCGACAGAAGAAGUAUCUUUCGGCAGGGGAAACGAGUGGCUCUGAAACGAACACGACUUUCCCCAAAAACACGCCGGCCGCGGAGAAGUGGGUCGAGCAGGCUGUGGACGAAAUUCUGCACCUGAAGAUCCUCGAAUCGCUGAUCGACGCCGAGAGGCCUAGCACAAUCGUCCUCGCCACAGGUGAUGCCGCUGAGGCGGAAUACUCUGGUGGCUUUCUCAGGAUGGUUGAGCGAGCCUUGGAAAAGGGUUGGUCUGUCGAACUGGUCAGUUUCCGACUCAAUACGAGUAGUCUUUACAAAAGAAAGGAGUUUCGUGCCAAAUGGGGUCCGAUGUUCAAAUGGAUUGAGCUGGACCCAUUUGUGGAGUUUUUGAUCAACGAAGAGGAUGCCGAUCAAGACUAAUGGUUGUGCUCCGUUUUGACCAAGAGAGCUUUCAUUAAUGAUUGGCAUUAUCUGCUUGGCCUAGGACAUGAUGUUUUCGAAGCUGGGCAGUGUACGCCCACGGCAUUGGAGAAAGGAGUCCUAGUAUCAGCUUGCGCAACGCAUAGCGAGGUCGGCGGACUCUUUUCCCUUCAAUCACCGUGGCGGAUUGGCUACGCUUUCUGGCCGUUUUGACUGUAUAGUGUUUGGUCUCUUUGGCGUUUGUUGCCGGGCGCUUCAGCCAGGCAAUGAUCAACAAGGACCUUUUAAACGCGUGUUGUUUUGCCCAGUCAGGUAGCUGAGGAACUGUCCACGUCAUGAUGGACAGACACCUCCUGAUAGUAUGAUUGAUCUCUCCAUGUUUUCGAUUUAUUCUCUUCAAAGUGAUAUUGUUAGACCGACUCCGCUAGCCAGUAGGAUAUCAAUUAUAAGUCCAGAAUUUCCCA